GUAGAGUUGGUUUAAAAGUUACUGUUAAAACCAAACGCAUAUUAAAACAGUUGUUUGGUCUCUCUCUCUUUUGGUUGAUUUUUGUUUGGCAGCUGGCUAUAUAGCAAACGCCAACAACGACCAGCCUACGCAAGCACAGACUCACCCUUUCAAGUCAAACCUCUCUCUCUCUCUCUCUCUCUCUCUCUCUCUCUCUCUCUCUCUCUCUCUCUCCAGAAAGAUCCAUUCCGUUACUAAAUGGAAACUGCUCCGCUCUCAUCGGCUACCGCUGCCGGAAACGGUGGAGGUCCGGCACCGUUUCUUCAGAAAACGUAUGACAUGGUGAACGAUCCCAGCACAGACGAGAUCGUUUCAUGGAGCUCUACCAAUAACAGCUUCAUCGUUUGGAAUCCUCCUGAAUUUGCUCGCGUUCUUCUUCCAACCUAUUUCAAACACAAUAAUUUCUCCAGCUUCAUUCGUCAGCUCAAUACUUAUGGAUUUCGAAAAACACAUGCUGAGCGUUGGGAGUUUGCUAAUGAUGAUUUUAUAAAAGAUCAAAAGCAUCUUCUGAAGAAUAUACACCGCAGGAAACCUAUACACAGUCAUAGUAAUCCUCCAGGUUCUGUUGUAGAUCCUGAAAGGGCGUCAUAUGAUGAACAAAUAGAGAAACUCUCACGCGAGAAAAGUUCUCUUGAAUCCAAUCUCUUAAGCUACAAACACCAUCACUCAAAAACAAAGCUUCACCUGGAUGAAUUUCAGCAGCGUUUGGAUGGUAUUGAGAACAGGCAAAAAAAAUUGCUGAACAACUUUGAGAAGGCUCUUCAGAAUCCUUCUUUUGUUGAUCAACUUUUGCGCAAAAUCGAGUUCAUGGAUUUGGCGGCAUUAAAUAAGAAAAGGAGAUUGCCUGAGGUUGACCACGUGCAGCCUGUUGCUGAAGGUAGCUUGGUUGACAAUCAUAGCAAUUUUCGACCGGAAUUUGGAAAUGUUUUCCAACAAGAUUUCUCAAACAAACUCAGACUGGAAUUGUCACCAGCUGUCUCAGAUAUGAACUUGGUAUCAGGUAGCACACAGGGGUCAAAUGAAGAUGAGGAAAUCCCACAGAAGAACCUUUCUGAUGGAGAACUAAAAGGAACACAGACAAGAACUGGCCUUGCUUUUGCGUCUGAAACAGUAGAUCUUGCAGAUACUGGGACGUCUUUUACUUUUAACAUGGAUUCGUGUUUGUCACGAAGAGCAACAACUACUGAGAACCCAAAUCUUCACUCUCUGGAGCCAAGUAGUGAAGAAGGUGAUAGCCAUAUAUCCUGCCAACUGAAUUUAACUUUGGCAUCUUGUCCAUUGGAAUUCAACAGGAAUUCAUACUCCGCCCGAUCACCCCAAAUAGACUGUCAAGAAAUUGGCAAUUUGGCAGAAUCAAGAGUUACCGUCAUUGGUAAAGAAUCUGAAAGUGGAGUUUCCUUAAACCGAAUUGUGGCUAACGGGGUUAUCAGUUUAGCUUCACCGCAGGAGGCUUCAGGUAACGGCCAAGUCAAACCAGCUGCUCCACAUGCAGUGAAUGACGUGUUUUGGGAACAGUUCCUCACUGAAAGACCAGGCUGUUUAGACAAUGAAGAGGCAAUAUCCAACUAUCGAGCAAAUCCAUAUGACGAGCAAGAGGAAGGGCGAGCAGUUCAUGGAAUCUCCAGUAACAUCAAGAAUAUGGAUAAUCUCACACUUUGAGCAUGCUGUCUUGGAACACCUGUUCUACUAAUGGUACACGAGAUACACACGGUUAAUACUAAUAUGACUCGAAACUUGUCAGCAAGUUGUUUUGCAAGCGUGCUGAAACUAUUUCAUGUAUAAAUAUGUUAGUCAUUUUUAGACUGAAGCAUGCAUUGUCAAUGAGCUUCUUGGCAGUGUUGUAAAUAUUCUUUGAAUGGUUUUUACAAGUGUUGUAAACUUGAGAAGUCUAACACUACACGAUUAUGAAUAUAUACAACUUGUAUAUAUUCAAGUUUUGAAUGGUUUUCACAAACAUUAUUAAC